AUGAAGAACGUAACCGGCAUCGGGCGUCAGGAUUUUAAGCGCAUUCAGAGCCACUUGACGGCUGCCCUUGCCAAAGCCAAAGCUUCGCCUCCGCCGACCGGCUACGACACCUAUGUUGCAGCGGUGGACAUUUUGACGGAGGCGACGAUGCAGCCGCAGGCGGUCCUCGUCGUGAACGAGCAGGGCGCGUUUCCUUUGUCCUCACGUACGGCGUGGGCGGCAACUCCGGUGAAGAUUGGCGACGUCAUUAGCUUCCCGCUCGCCAAGGUGCAACAACUUGACGUUGUGCACCACUUGCCCGCCGCGCCGCAAAUGGAUAUAGAGGAGUUAUCACUCUCUAUGAAGCACUAUUACGUGAAUGCUGAAAACCUUUUUGUCAACGGGCGUGCACUACCGUCGCAGAGCCGCGUCUCUCUCCAGCUCUCUUCGCGUCUGUUCGCCUAG